UGGAUGGUGCUGGGGGUGGGGGAGAGCAGUUGUGUGGCAGGGUGAGCAGCUGGGAGACUGGUGAGCAGUUUCAGGAGGACUUGUGAGCAGCUGUGGAGUGGGCCCUGGUGAGCAGUGACUUUGGAGAAUCUUGCUUGUCCCCAGAACUCUGUUCCAGCUGGGAAGUGUGGAUGUGGCCUUAUUCUGAGCAAUGCCAAGUCAACUCCUGCUCUGACUGUCCACGGAGAGGAAACUCUUCUGCCAAAAAUCAGCAGGAAUUCUGCUUGGUCAGGUUGCAGAUUCACCCUCAUGAUGAUGGAGAAAUCACAAGGAUCUGACACCCCCAGAGCAGGUCUGGAAAAGAGCAAGAGAGGGAUCCUGAGGCAUACCAAGAGGGCAUGGACACCUCUGGAUGGGUAUCCACUUCCUGGCUCUGAGGAAGAAAGCACAGUGGCCGCUAAGCACAGGGAAGAAAAUUCCAAACAGGAGAGUAUCCAGCAGUGGCUGGACUCUGGAUUCUUUGUCUCAGUAAAUGAAAACUUCCAGCAAGCCGUCAACCAUUCUGCUUCUUUGCAUGAACAAGGAAUGGUUCAAAUGACUGUGAAAGACUACAUGAGAUCUCUGCACCAGUUUUCAGAGACACCUACCUUGUCCAGAGGGACUAGUUUCAACUCUUGCUAUUCCUCCACAGGUGUACCACAAAGCAUUCCUGAAUGGCUGCAAUUUUGGGAAAAAGAUCCAGUGGAGAUUCUCUUGGAUCUAGGGUUUGGUGCUGAUGAGCCAGAUAUCUGCACACAAAUCCCAGACAGAUUCCUUGGUUGCAGCUCGGCAGCCAGAGGAAUUAACAUCCGUGUCUUUCUUGAAGCACAGAAGCAGAGGAUGGACUUGGAGAACCCUGAUUUGUAUGGCCGGUUCCGACAGUUGGAAAUCCUGGAUCAUGUGACCAAUGCCUUCUCAUCCUUGUUGAAUGAUAUUAACACCCCCCAGAGCCAAAAUGAAAAGCAAGAUGGAAGACAGGAUGUGCAAAGUCCCACAUCACAUGGAGCUAAAGAGCAUCACAGAGGAAUGAGUCGAUUUAAAAGGAGAACUUCAAGACAGAACAGCAGUAGGGAUGGUAACCCAGCACUGUCAGAAGCAUUCAAGACAGAGGAUGAAAUCUCUAUUCUGCCAACCAAACAGUGGGAGAAUAGACUGGAAAGACAAGUGGCUUCCAUUAGCCAUUAUGGAAGAAGACAAGUACCUCCUUCAGUAGAGCAUAGUUCUGUCCAAGCCUGCAAUGACUUAUCCCCUUGUCUUCCUUCACAAACUCUUCAGGACAAGCAGCGGCCUUGCUCUUCCAUACUGGCAAAACAGUAUCCCCAUACCAGUGUGUCUGAGGGGCCAGGUAGGAGGAAAACAUGGAAGGAGAAAUGGAUUCACAUGGACAAACUCAAGAGCUUGUCUCACGUUGUGAGUAAAGGAGCAGACUCCUUUGAAAUGGAAGAGGUCCAAAGCUUUGAAGAAGACACUGGCAACCCUCUUAACCUGAUUUCAGGAAUUGUAGGCACCCGAAUGGGCAGAACAAACAGCUGCCAGUCAGAUAGCAGUGGGUUUUUGGAGGAGCUGCCAGAACCCCAUUCCCUCCAGGUGUCUUCCUUGCCAGGAAGCCACAGUCCUACUGAGUAUAGCAAACCAAGCGAUCAGAGUCAUAGCCCAGCAUCAUGGCAAGACUGUCAGCAAGAGUCCAGUGGCUCUACAUCCAAGAGCAUGGUGAGCUCAUCUUUGUCAAACCACGGUGGGAGUAUCUUGGAAGGAAACAUCUCAGGACCUGUGGAGGAGGAAGAGCUUCAACUUAAGAUCACUGAGAGGUCACCACAGCUAGUCAACCCACAUAUGACCCUCACCAAGACCAUGAUGAUGGGAGAACACCCAGGGAGUACUGUUGGAACUGUAGUCACUUCUACAUGUGAUAAUACAAUGGGGGUCAUGGUGACUCAUGUCACAGAAAAAGAAGACAGGUCUCUGAGACAUGAGGGUACUGGAAAAAUGCUGAUACAAGGGCAUCACAAUGAGUCACCAAGGUCAUCUGGGAUUGAUCAGGCUCCAGAAAUUUUCUGUUAUGUGGACUCUGGGGUCCCAGGAACAGAGGACAGCAGCAAGGUCUGCCCUGACAUCAAGCAAAGCUCAGUGGUGCCAGAGAGGCUAGCACAGCACUCUCAGAAGCACAGAGGAGCCAUGCCCUAUAAAGGUGACCUUGUUCAAAACUCUGAGAAGUCAGUUCCCCACCUUGAUAAGCCAUCUGGAGAUGCUCCCACUGCCUCAAACGCUGCCACAUCUUGGUCUGUGACAACCCAGAUGACCUGCAAUCUGGUGUCAGCUGUUCACGGUGUUGCAGACUUGGGAACCAACUAUAAAGGAACAGCUUUAGAAUGUAGUCCACGUGAGCCUGUUAAUACCACAGACCUAAGACUGCAGACAGAAAGAAAGCAGGUCAAUGAUGCUGCUGUUCAGACUUGUGCAUAUGAAUGCGAUCCCAGGCCCUCACAUAAUAAGGCCUCAAUUCAUAGCCCCUGGCUCCUCACCAAAUCCAUAUCUUUGGACACAGGUUUUCCUAGCACCUCUGCAACAGGACUCUGCCACUUCAUACCUGCCCACUGUUGUGCCUGCUGUCAUAACUGUUCCAAUUGCCAGAGGAGGAGGCAAAGCUCUGGUAUAGAACCCUCUCUUUGUAGGCAUUGCCUGUACUCACAUACAGAGGAUCCUGAAGCCCGAUUCAUGAAGACAUUGACAACCCUUCAGGACACUACCGUGAGGGACUUGUGUUCUUGCACAGUCUAUGAGAUGGAAGCCAUGAAGAUGGUGUGCCAGACUUUCCAGGAGUACUUAGAGGAAACUGAACAGCACUUCACGGGACAGCAGGCACUCUUUCCCAGGGACAUGUCAGAAGAGGAAAGGGAAGAAGCUGAGGACCUGAGGAGCUUACGAGAGGCCCUGAGGCAGCAGGUGGCAGAACUGGCAUUUCAGUUAGGAGACCGAGCCAGGCAAAUCAAAGAAGGGAUCCUACUGCAUUUAGACCAUCUCUCAGAGGAGCUUCCUGAACACUGUGCAAAUCUGCAACAGUGCAACUGGACAGACGAAAAGCAUGCCCAGAGUUCAUGGGUUCAAAGCCACACUGUGGCCCCUGAGUCUGUCCUUCCUGCCAGCAGUGGGAAACAGACACCCUGCCUGAGGUUGACUCAGCUGGCUGCCGUUGGUCACUCUGACCUUGAGAUCAGAUGUGGCAUGACUCUACCAUCACCAGCUAUGACAGAGUCAAGUCCAGGUCCUUCAUCAAGUAGUGCUGGAGAGUAAUCUCUGGUAAACCAGAGAGUUUGAUGACCUUCGUACAAAAUGAAAGGUCCCAGAACACCUGUAGCAAGGGAAUCCAAAUCCUAUGUACCCAUCUACUCUAUGCUUAAGCUUAGAGUAUUUUAAUAUUCAUUGAUUACAUAAUAAGGAGUCACUGGGUUUGUGCCUGUCUGGGGUAUAUUAUAGUCACCAAGUAGCAUAUGGCCUAAAGGAUAUGGCCUCUACCCUGAUAGAGCAUGUAUCCUAGCAGAGGAGAGUGAAUAUAAGCACAAAUAUGUAUCUGUAAUUAAAAUUCAAGAAAAAGACAGUGUGGCCUUGUUUUAUGAAAGAUGAGCAUCUGGGUCUGUUCAGGAACCUGGAAGGCAUAUUUAGAGGUGUGAAGUUGCUGAAGCUGGAAGCAACUGGGAGCAAGACAGAGUGUCUGUGCAUCAAGGGCUGGGUAAGGUGAGAGAAAAGAAACAAACAGCAAAUAAAAACCAUUUCCACACAGACAGUUCACGGAGGAAGCAUUGUGUGACAUGGGUGGGAAGUGCCCCUGGGACCUCGUCAGAGGGAGCUAUUAGGAAAGACCUGAAGGAAAGAAGAUGGAAACCCUGGAGAAUUCAGUUUCAAGAGACUGGAAAGCUGAAAAGUACAAAGUUCACGGACUGGGGUGUAGAAACACCUUUUGCCAACUGUGGUGGGUGACAGUGAGGACUUAAGUGAAGGCCCUCACUCCCUUCAGGUCAUGGUCAAGAGUCUAACAGCAUGAAUUCUUUCAAGUGCAACAGGAAGUCUCCAUAAGCGUUAAGCAUGAAUGCCAUAGGGUCCUAGCUUAUAUAAUCACAAAAAAGAUACUGCCAUGGAACCCAGAGAGAGGUGAGGCUUCUGGCUACAAGUCUAUUCCUACUUUUGUACCUCAAGUGAAAGCCAAAAGCUAUGCAAUUGAUUCCAUCCAGCUGUGGGAACAGCAAGGCUCCUACUACAGGGGAAAUGCAUGGAGGUGAAUCCAAACGCCAAAGGAUGACUCUCUGGAAUGAGGAAUAGAUGAAAAAUGAAAUAGUUAGAAACAGCAUGCUGGGAGCUCCCGAGGGAAGCUUCUUAUUUGUAUGAGAGAAUGAGCAAUCAGAGGAUGCUUUCUAGCUAGGAACCUAAGACAAGGUCCUUUGGACACUGUCCACUAGCCUGUUUCAUUCUUUAUCUUCCUGCUUUGGUUGCUAUGACUUAAGCAAGGCUCUGAUUCCCAGGGACCAUCCACCGUCUUCCGCACUUUAUCACCCAAGAAUGUGAACAUCUCCAUCCACACAUUUUCCUCAGCACGUUCAUGCAGAAUAAAUCCCCAGUGCCAGUCCCUUCUAAAGCCCCAGUCUUCCGUCCUGUUGGCACACACACUCAGAAGUCAUCUGCCUUGUCUCAUUGUGUCCUUUACUGGCACCUCAGUUAUCAGUCACUGCAUCACGGCCGUGUUUGUCAUGAUGUGGCUUCCAGAGUUCCUCAUAACCUGGUAAUACCACAAUGCAUGGAAACUCUAACAAGGCUUGAGCUUUUUUUCUGUGAGCUGUCUUGGCAACUGGCAAACUGUCUUUGCCAGAUGCCAACAGGGACCUGUUUCCUUGCAUCAGGGAGAGAACCUAAGAAAUAACAUGUGAGAGACUGAGUCAUCCCGAGACUAUGAUCCCAGAGCAGUCUACUGCUGAAAGGUUUCCCCAGCCUGGAAUCACUACACCCUUUUCUUUCUACUGCUGCCUUAACCUUCUUAGUCCACAUCCCCCUCUGGUUCCCACAUCAUGAUGCAGCUUCCAGCACCAAACUGACUCCUAAUUGCUUCUGUACAUCCUAAGUGUCUUUCUUUUCUAUACGUUUCAACAUUCUUCAUGGUUCAAACCUGCAGCAUUUGAAUCAAUGUUUCCUGAAUGUUUCUUCACUGGACUGCUACUACCUCUGCAGCCAACUAACUUAUGGCCUACUUUCUUCUUAUGUCAAUCUGAAAUGCUGGUCCCCUGAACAACCUUAUAUAUUCCUACAUUCCAUUACAUCAUAGGUUCUAUAUGCACUAAUUCAACUGAUAACAGUUCAGUGAUAUUCAGAACACAAUCACAUAUGCUUUAUAGAUAUUGUUCUUGCAAUCUAUAGAUAUUGUUUUGUAACAUAUACAUUCUUUUAUUAGGCAUUACAAGUAAUCUAUGGAUGAUUUAAAGUGUUCAAAGUAUGCAGAUGUGUGUGUUCCUUGCAAACACUGAAUUGCUUAACAUAAAGGAGUUAACUGAAUAAAUGGAGUAAAUUCAUUGCAGUAAUUAACACAGUAUCCCUCAGAGAGCAAAUGCUCAAUAUAUGUUGACUAGUAUUGAUGCAAAGACCAACACAUCAGGAGGUCCAAUGUGAUUAUUGCCUGCAUUCUGUUGAGAAGGACUCUGUGAACAAAGCAGCUUACACUGGAAGAAUAGUAACAAAUCCCUGAGGAAUGGAUAUGCAGAAUAAAGUGGUACUCUCAAGAGACAGGGAAGAUGAUGAUCUCACCUCAGAAGCAGCACCAUCUCAAGCUGUAGGAGGAGCUAAGCUUGCACUUAAAAGGAAUUUGUGGAUGGAUCUUUGCAACCAUCAGGCAGAUUACUUUAGAUGUGAAGGAGACAGAGACCCACUGCUUGAAUGAAGUAUGGUAAAUGGAAUUCCCAAAGAGGUCUGCAUAGUCAGUGGCAGACCCCCAUCUCUCUAACAAGGAAGAUAAAAGGGAGAAAAUGGGGGAAAGGCUUCUAUGCCCCACCCACAACCUUUGCUGUCUUCAAUGAGUGAUGGGAUGGUUGCCAAGUAUCACCUGGAAUUCCAGUUCUCUGGCCUUCAGACUCAGACUGAUUGUAAUCACUGACUCUCUGGUUUAUGGGAUAAGUGUCUCAUCUCCAGUUGGCUCUGUUUUUCUGGAGUGCUCUGAUAGUGAGGGAGAGCUCAACGAUCAAAAGCUUGACUUGCAAAAAGGUAUGCUCAGAUCUGGGCUUGCUAAUAAGAAGGAAUUGAACUCUGGCAAUGAACCCAAGGUUUGAUCCAAUUUCACCACUAAUUACUUGUAAUUAAUAAACUAAGCUCCAUUGAUCUCAAGGUCAUUACCAAUAGAUGAUGCUUAUUCAGUCCUUUAGCUGAAACUUAGAAUGUUGCCAAGGCUCAAUAAGUAAAUAUAGUAUCUGUUCUUAGCAGGGUGAUGAGAGUUUAGAGUAGAUGCCAUAGAUGCCAUUGGUUGACCAUCCUGUCCUCAGCUGAACGCUGCACCAAGUAUUUUAAAUGUCUUGUCACAUAUCUCCACCACAAAAUUCCAGAGUAGAAACUCACCUAUACAUAACACACACGCACACACACACACACACACAUACACACACACACACAUACACACACAUCAAAACUAAACUGUCAGAGCUUUGGAAGCUAGUAGGAUUAAGCCAACACUGAUUCACUGAUUUUCUAGAACAAAAUUUAUUUUCAAGACUGUCAAGCCUUGGACUUGUGUGGAGUUCACUAAUGGGCCUAACUCAACCAUAGUAAAUUUAUUUGGGGCUGCAUUCUGCAUUGAGUUUGGCAGAAAUAUUCCUUCAGGAAAAUACUUACCACUUAGAAAAGCUUGAAAAUUUUUACAUACUGACCACAUUUGACUUUUGUAAUCAGACAGGUUCUGUGGCUUUCAUGUAACAUGUUUUCCACUACAUAUAAAUUCUUUUGUACCUAUCAUUUUAGUAACUUGUAGAUCAUAACUGCUGUCACAUUGUCAAGAUAAUAACAAGAACCCCUUUGCUUUCCUGAGUGACGCCAACAUCUUUCGCUUUUUCUCUUAUAUGUUGAUCUUGUCCCAGUUAACUCUUGAGAUCUUAGAUCAUAUAGUUAUAAAUAGAAAUAAAAAUAGAGAAAACCAUUGCUGUAACACCUUUAGGAAUUCAGGAAGAAGAUAACACACACACACACACACACACACACACACAAUCCUUUACAUGAAGCUGAAGCCAUUUUGUUUAAAUAAAAAAGAAGGAAAGAGUAAACAGACUUCAGAUUUAGAAAUUUGACAGUGAACAAUGUGGCCUCUUCUGUGUCAUAUUCCUGGGAUCUUCCUUGUAUGGAUUUGCCUCCUCCUGAUUUCAGGGUUCAAAGCCAAAGCCUUGGUUAGAGGGGCUAAUUUCAGAAAGAACAGUUGGAAUUCAAGUCACAUAUUUUCUUUUGCCUUGUUAUGCACAAGUGAAGACCCAAGUUGCAUGAUGGAGACAAAGAAAAUAGCCUUGAAGAUUGUCUUGAUCCAUAACUUAUACAAAAACCAUGAGGGUUUGUGUAAAGAAAUUCAUGUUUUAGUGCACAGAAAAAUAUUCUUCAGGAGCAUGUCUCACAAGGUUUUGUGUAUUGAACAUAUCUUUCUUAGUUCUGUUUUUUUUCUAUAGAGUGAACCUUAGUUUUGUUAAAAAGAAAAUAAUUUUGCUAACGCUGAAAAGCAAAGCCAAAAAAUCUAAUGACAAGAAAAUUUGUCUGGAAUUACUCGUUCUUUGUUGAAGAAGUAAUUGGUUCCUUUGAAAUGAAAUCGAAUAAAUAGGACAUUUAUAAA